UCUUAUAUACAUUCUGUGGUGUCCGCGUUCCGGAGAAAGCUGGGAGAAAAAAAGGAAGGAAACCUGGACGGCGCAAGGAUAAUGCGCGACCUCGGCAGGACGACGGGAGUGGUAAAGGUGCUGGAAUAAACUUUGGGAAGUGUGUCACUGAGACCCGGGUUAUCUCGUGUGUCGCUUGCGCAGCGCCGAUGUCGAGCGACAGAUGAACGGGACUCGACCCGCGAACGUGUCGACGUCGCCCGCGACACGUCGGCGAACGGACACCGGAGAACGAUUCUGUUUUCAGAACGUCAUAAAGCGUGACGAUGCACGAGUUUAAGAUAGAAGAUGAACUUGACCGGCGUCAUCGACGAUGAUAACGCUUACAGCGGACGAUGAAUAGUAUACAUUGGAGGCCGGGAUAGAAGGUCUAACCGAGAUACAUGAUCAACGGGGCCUGGAACCGACCCCGACGAGCAGGAGAAUUGCAAGUUGAAGGGAAUGUUCGAGAGGAAUCGCGCGUCGGCGAAAAAUCGUUGUAGACCAGCGAUGGAUUUCUGAGUCCGCUACAGUGACUCCCUGAUGCACUUCUGGAUCAACAAACCGGCUGGCAGGUACUACGGCUUCACCGGCCGCCGAUACCUCGCCACACCUGUGCCCAAAUCACACAGCCAAUGUCGGCGCGGUGGUGAACUUAGGCAAAUGGUGACUCCGGUGCAUCGAUUCCAGGGCCCCGCAGGUAACCUCGCAGCCGGAAACGCACCGUCAGCCGGACUUAGUAAUGUCAAUAACUCCUGCCGAAGCAUCGUCGCCCGUACGGCAACGUCCGCGCGAAUCCAUAACAACGAGAACCGUGCUCACGGUUCGUCGCUCAGCGCCGCCCAAUUCGCCCAGCUGAACAACAUCCCCAACAAUGUCACCGACGCCAGCAACAAUCAACUGAUUCUGUCUAACGCGACCGGCGUGAACGGUGCAGAGCGGAAUGGGAGCCUGCUAACGGAGAGCGACUUCGAGUUACGGGAGGCCGAGCUGGCCGGUUUCCGACUGCGCUGUGGCAUCUGGUCCACCUUCGCUCUGGCAACAGUCUUCGUGGUGGGCGCCAAAUUUUACUUCGGUUAUCGGGGGCCUGGCCUGGAGAUACUCGUGUUCCUCGGGUUAGUGUUACUGCUGCUGUCCGCCUGUCUGUACUCGAUCUUGUGCAAGUACCACCGUGACAGCCAUUACCGCCACAGCGGUCGGCCGGAGCACGACGCUCGUAUGCAGGAGGAUCACAUCGUCGCCCUGACGAACGCGACCAGCAUCGGUGACGGGGUUAUCAGUAGAGCGACGGCGACAGUGCCGACGACGACGGUGCGGCAGAACCCGCCCCCGCCGCCUUAUCACAUCGCUAUCCUGAUACCGCCGCCGCCGUCGCCGCCGUCACUCGCACUCUCGGACGAGGCGCCGCCACCCUCUUACGACAAGGUGAUGCGAUGAAAUCGAACCGGCGUAAAAUCCACUUACUAGGACAGGUUGUCUCUCGAGAAUUCUUCCCUUGACAUUUUUCGUGAGUCCGUUACGCGAAGGCAGCACAAAUCAAUUCUCUAGGUUUAAGCA